AAUCUGUUACAUUUACAGAAAUUGGUGGAGAGCGCCGAGCAAGCCGCGGUAUCGGUGCCAAAAGAAGGAAAUGUAUCACCUAAGUAUUACGCUUCGCAUCGGCUUAAUAACUUCGUUACUGACGGAAAGAGUUCCGGCGGCGCGCAAGAAAUGUUCCUCACUGUAAAUCGUCAUUUUGACCAUUUAGCAGUGAAUGUUAGUUUGUCUGCCGUGCUUUUGCCAAGUGGGGUUAAAGACAGUGAACGUGAUGUUGGUUCGGGCAUUCAAUGGAGCGAAUAUUUAGAUCUAUUGUUUGUUAAUAAUUAUGAGACUGACCCUACACUAUCAUGGCAAUAUUACGGAGCGACGGCAGGAUUUCUACGUCGUUUUCCAGCGAUAUCGUGGCCGCCGAUGGAGGCUACAUCCGGAAGGUUCAAGUCCUCGCACCAUCGGGCUGUUCGUGACGUGUACAACUUUAAGAUGUUGAAUUGGUUUAUCGGGGCAGCGAAUAGCCCGAGAGAUCUAGCAGUAUUGAUCGAUAGUGCGACUUAUGUAUCUGAUAAGAAUCGGCAAUUGACGAUAGCCACGACGAGAGUCAUUCUAGAUACCCUAGGACCGAACGAUUACGUGAAUGUAUAUCGUUACGGUGAGAACGCCGAGGAAAUCGUACAAUGUUUCAAGGACAGCUUGGUACAGGCAUCACCAGAAAAUAUUCACGAAAUGAAAAUAGCAUUAUCUUUUGUGAAACAUGAGGAUCCUGCAACCAACAUCUCAGCCGCGCUAAGUACCGCCUUCGAGAUCUUGCACAAAUAUAAUCGAACCGGCCAGGGAAGUCAGUGCAAUCAGGCCAUUAUGUUGAUUACUUGCGACACUAGCGGCCCGCCCAUGGAAGUGAUAAAACGUUACAAUUGGCCGCACAUGCCUGUCCGCAUCUUUACUUACCUCAUCGGCGGUGAUAAAAGCCCCGAGCUCCGGAAUACAGCUUGUACCAAUAAGGGUUUUUAUGCAAGAAUAACAAAUAUUGAUGAAAUUCAUGAUAAAGUCUUCGAGUACGUGAAGGUUCUAGCACGGCCUAUGGUACUCUAUCAGCAUGAUCAUCCUCUUCAUUGGAGUCCUGCUUAUAUAGGUGGAAAAAGUAGUAUGUAUGGCAGAGAAAAUCGCGGUCAACUAAUGACCUCUGUGACAGCUCCAAUUUUAGAUCGCCGAAAUUAUACGGUAAAAACAGCCAAUUUGUUGGGUAUUGUUGGUACUGACGUACCUGUUGAGGAGAUUCAGAAGCUCGUGCCGCCUUACAAGUUAGGAGUUAAUGGAUAUUCGUUUAUUGUUGACAAUAAUGGCAGAGUUCUGUAUCAUCCUGAUUUGCGGCCUCUCCCUGGAAAUACAGAAUAUGAUGAAACGCUAAAGCCUACGUAUAUAAGUGUGGAUUUGUCGGAAGUUGAACUCGCAGAAUAUGAUGGCCCUUCAACCCCUCCAAACAAUUCUCUCCUGCUCGAUUUGAGGCGUGACAUGAUCGAUCAAAAAGAAGGAGAAACAGACUUUACAAUCAAAAUUCAUUAUGACAAUAUGAAGAGAGUUACGAUUAGACGGCACAACUAUUUUUACAAGCCGAUCGAAGGUACUCCAUUUUCUUUAGGCCUAGCUUUACCGGAAGGAUACGGCAUGUUCGAAGUGCGUGCCGAGCAAGAAAUCAAACUCGCUAUUAUAAAUGUAACGGAGCAUUUCAAAGGGAGCAACUGGAAAGUGCAUCCCGAUUGGGUCUACUGCGAAUAUAAUUCGGCUUCCGAUAAGUUCUUUACUUCUCCCGAAGAACGCGUUUUGCACUUUUUAGCACGAUCGCGUAGACCGGGUUGGAAGUGGAUGUCCUUGAGAGCAAGGAGUCCCAGCUCGCAUCAUAAACAAGCGAGCAAGUCGGAAAAAGAUUCUCAUUAUUGUGAUAAGAAACUAAUGCAAUCCCUAGUUUUGGAUGCUAUAGUGACAGAUGGAUUUAAUAAGAGAGAAGCACAAAGAAUGCACAAAGAGGAAAAUGAAAACCCUAUUGCCAUACUGAUGGCUCUACUGCACAGUCAAGGCAAGGGUAGAUUUGGCGUCACUAGAAGUUUCAUCGCAACCAGAAGUGGACUCCUGAGAUGGCAUGAGCAUCAGCAAAACGAUGACAGCACUGAUGAACCGCGAUUCGCGGAAAAGCAUGCGAGAGCCAUGGAUUCAUCGUGGUACAAACGCGCAGUGGAUCAACACUCUAUAGAGCCAGAAAGUUUCGUCUUCAGCGUACCAUUUGAUGCGGCUGAAACGGCCGAUCCACUUGUCACCGCCACUCAUGCGAUAUACAUCGGGAGAAGCCACAAAGCUCCGGCGGCAGUAGUGGGUUUGCAAUUUCAACAUUCGUCUUUGGCAACUCAUUUCGUCAAUAUUACUUCUACGUGCACCGGUAUGACAGGAUGUAAAAAGAAUUGUGCAUCGGAAGAACUCGACUGUUAUAUUCUAGAUAACAACGGAUUUAUCAUUAUAAGCGAACGUCACGAGCAUACUGGAAAGUUUUUCGGCGAAAUAGAUGGGACAAUAAUGGAUUCUUUAGUACAAGAUAGGAUAUACAGGUAA